AUGGGCAAAGAAAACCUUCCUCACAACCAUCAAAAUGACCGUUACUGGAAAUCAGGGUCAGAGAAUGGCCGGGUAUCGCGCACCAUCUCUCUUCCAGCCACACUGAGCUCGUCAGACGCUGCGAGAUGCCCACGAAGGAAAGAUUGCCCCGUUAGCCGGUCUCUACCUCGGCCUCAGCACCGUUCAGACUGCCCAUCAUGCAAUGUGGAGACGAUGACCACCAUGGUGCACGAGCUGGCCUUCAUGGGUAAGGGCAGAACUAUUUCCUUUGUCCGCGUUCCCGGCCACGACCAUGCAGCCCUGGGUUACGCCCUUGAUGUCAGGGCAAGCGUCAUUGUCCCUCGGGUGAACACUGUUGCUGACGCCAAACAUAUUGUCGCUUCUACCAAGUACGGAGCCAGGUGUGGCGGUACGCGUUCAGCACCUCCUUAUCGUCAGGUUCAGGGCAUCACCGAUACUCCGAUCGACCCGUCCAAGUCGGUUCACGAGAACCAGAACGACCAAGCGGCUGUUGUCAUCCAGAUCAAAUCUCUCGAGGGACUGAGCAAUCUGGACGCCAUCCUAACUGAUGUUCCCGAGAUUGACGCCGUGUGGCUCGGGACCAUCGACUGUCGAGUCUCGAUGGGACUCCGCUGGGAGGCGGGCGUCGUGCCGACCGAGCCCGAGUGGCAGGACACCCUGGCCCAAUUCAAGGCGAUCAUGAAGAAACAUUAUAAGCCCGCGGGAGGAUUUGCACUGGGCCCGCCGGAGAAGAUGCGAGGGAUGGGCGAGGGGAAGGCUCUGAUCUUCUGUGCCGUCGAUGUCACAGCGUUGCUCACCGUUGUCUACGAGUUGAAAAAGGCCCGUCAGGUCUUCGCCCUGUCUAAUUGA